CAGUUGAGUGUGGUGCUCUGCAGAGAAGCAUGAUGGACUGUGGCAUCCUCACUCCCAGGAUUGCUUCAGCUCUUCACUGCAGCUCUUGGGCUUGACAGCAAAGCCAGGAGAGGAGGGAGGAUUACAGAGCAGAGCUGAAGCAACCGUCCACAGGGGGAUUCUUCUCCUGCAGGGGACGGAGGCCAGGCCAGGGUGAUGGCUGAGCUGCAGCCAGGGAAAGUGAUGCGGAUGGGGCAAGUCCUUGCCUUCCUCUUGAUCAGCCUGGCCUACCUCUGGCUGCCUGCAAGCUCCAAGCGAGCCCCCAAGCUGCCCCCGUGUCCCCAGAGCUGCUCCUGCACCAGGGACACUGCCUUCUGCAUCGACUCCAAAGCGGUCCCCAGGAACCUGCCCCCAGAGGUCAUUUCCCUGACCAUGGUGAAUGCAGCCUUUACUGAAAUCAAAGCAGCAGCCUUCGCUCACAUCCCCCUCCUGCAGUUCCUCUUACUGAACUCCAACAAGUUUACACUGAUUGGGGACAAUGCCUUCACCGGCCUUUCCCACCUGCAGUACCUGUUCAUUGAGAACAAUGACAUCCGCUCUCUGUCAAAAUUUACCUUCCGAGGACUGAAGUCCCUGACACACUUAUCCUUGGCCAACAACAACCUGCAGACACUACCCAGAGAUAUCUUCAUCCCUCUGGACAUCCUCAGUGACCUGGACCUCCGGGGCAACGCUUUCAUCUGCGACUGCAAAAUCAAGUGGCUGGUGGAAUGGAUGGAGAGGACCAAUGCCACAGUGCCUGCCAUCUUCUGCAGCAGCCCCAUCCGCUACCAGGGGCAGAAGAUCUGGAACCUGGCCCUGAAGGACUUCAGCUGCAUCACGACAGACUUUGUGGUGCACCAGGUCCUGCCAUUCCAGUCGGUGUCAGCUGAGCCCUUUAUCUACAGCAGCGACCUCUACAUAGCACUGGCACAGCCCAGUGCCAGCAUCUGCACCAUCCUCAAGUGGGACUAUGUGGAGCGCAAGCUACGAGACUUUGACCGCAUCCCUGCUCAUUCGGCCGUGUACUGCAAGCCCAUCGUGGCCCAGUCACAGCUCUACGUGGUGGUGGCACAGCUCUUUGGUGGUUCCUACAUCUACCGCUGGGACACCAACGUGGACAAGUUCAUCAAGAUCCAGGACAUGGACAGCAGGAAGAUCCGCAAGCCCAAUGACAUCGAGGCCUUCCAGAUUGACGGUGACUGGUACUUCGUCAUCGCCGACAGCUCCAAGGCCGGCUCCACCAGCCUCUACCGCUGGAACCAGAAUGGCUUCUACUCCCACCAGGCCCUGCACCCCUGGCACCGCGACACCGACGUGGAAUACGUGGAGAACGAAGGCAAGCCCCGGCUCAUCAUCUCCAGCAGCUCCCAGGCCCCCAUCAUCUACCAGUGGAGCCACACCCAGAAGCAGUUUUUGCAGCAGGGGGAGGUGGCCGAGGUGAUGGAUGUGCAGAUGGUCAAGCACUUCAAGUUCAAGAAAGACAAUUACCUGUGCCUCAGCCGCUACAUCGGGGACUCCAAGGUGGUCAAGUGGGAGGGGCAGCGCUUCACCGAGCUGCAGACCCUGCCCUCGCGGGGCUCCAUGGUCAUGCAGCCCUUCCUGGUGUCCCAGCGCCAGUACAUGGCACUGGGCAGCGACUUCUCCUUCACCCACGUUUACCUCUGGGAUGAGGAGAAGCAGAAGUUUGUCAAGUUCCAGGAACUCUCUGUCCAAGCCCCCCGUGCCUUCCACUACGUCCCCUUGGAGGACAUGGACCUUCUGCUGUCCCCCAGCUUCAAGAGCAGCACGCUGGUCUACAGGCAUGUUGUGGUGGACCUCAGCUUGUAGGGGAGUCCCUGCCACCUGUCCAGCUCCCUGCCUCACGCCUAGACACUGUGCAGAGAAAAUGUUCUUCCACUUGCAACAUCCUGGAGCCGGGUACUCCAGCACACUGCCUCGCCUCAGCCUAAGGCUUCCUGUCUGUGCCCAGGCGCUGCCCCACUGCCAUAUCCAUGGAUAGGUCCAGAACAUACACAUACUCACAUAGACCCAUGAGUCCCUGCAUACCCAGCACACAUUCCAUCCACGCACUCCUAUUCAGGAGUGUAUACUCACCACAGCCAUCCCUCCAUAGAUAAACUCAUAUGCAUACGCAUAUGCUCUCCAGCAUCUCAUACACAUUACAUUCCUGCCCAUAGCCUCCAGUGAGCGUACACUCCAACACCCCCAUGGACAUCCCUUCACAAUCUCCUAGCCAUACCAUAUGCAUCUACACUCACACUUUACAUGUCCAUGCAAUCCCUGUGCACCCCAUUAACAAACACACAUUCUUGCACCCCUUAGCCUCACGUCCAUCUCCCCACUUAUAUUCAUGCCCAUAUACUGCUGUGCAUGGACAGCCACGUCCAUGUACACCCUCAGAUCCAUGCCUGUUCACAUCCACUGUGACUACUGCACCUUCUGUGCACAUACAGCUACUCCCGUGUGCACAUUCUUAUCAGCGAACCCAGAUAUGGUGCACUGGCGGUGCACCACGCCUUGCUGCGUCUCCCAUCCACCGAGACACAUGCUUACAUCCCUGUAUCUGUAACCCCAAACCCUCCCUGCAGCUCCCUCUGCACACAUGCUCCUGUCCCCAUACACAGCGCAGGGGAGCAGGCCUGGAAGAAGAAAGUCCCUUGUUGUCACUUUUCCAGAACUCUUCCUGAAGCUUCUGCCACACUUCCUGUAGCCAUCACCCAUGUUCACACUGUAGAGACACUACUCUGUGUGGCUCUACCACUCCUGAGACCACUUGACCCCCUUUGGCUCCCGCAGCCACUUGGCAAGAGGGCUCUCUGGAAGUGUGCCCAGUGGCAACCUCAGCCGAGAUCAUCCCAGCGUCCUCUGUGAGCUGCCUUCCACGGCCUUCUGGGAGCUAAUGGAAGUAUAAAGGCGCCCUUUGUACCUCCCCCACUUUACUGCAGUGAAUUGUUUUGCUUCCCUCCAGGCAUCUUCUCUCUGUCAAGCUGCAGGGGGCAAUGUUGUCUGGUGGUUAGUGUAAGGGACUGGGGCUCAGGAGUCCAAGCUUGGCCUUUCCACUGACCUGCUGUGUGACCUUGGAUAAAUUGCUGUGCCUCAGUUUCCCCUUCUAUAAAAGGGAGAUAUUGUUUCUCGCCCUCCUUUGUGAUCUGCAAACAGGAAGAGCUAUCAGCAUGUUAGCUACCAAGUCUAGCGCAUGAGCCCGUGUGCCUUGGGCGCAUAUAUCCCCAUGCACAAAUCCAGGGUCAGUGGAGAGGGUCAGAGAGCACACACUAGUGCACAAAUUUAGUGCACGUGCCCAAUACACCAUCCUCAUGCAUAUGCACCGGUGCACAGUCCCAGAGCAGAAAUCUAGUGCAUCUGCUCCAGUGCACUAUCCCGCUGCACAAGCACCAGUGAGUCUUUCAGGCCAGACCGAAUGGCAGCUAAAGGGAAAUGUGCCUGUGCUACUUUGUCUAGUGUUUGGAUUUCUAUCCUGCCUUUCGCUUUCCAUGUGCUUACAUGCAGGGGCGGCUCUAGACAUUUUGCCGCCCCAAGCAUGGAGGGUCUGCUGGUCCCGCGGCUCCGGCACACCUGCGGGAGGUCCACCGAAGCCGCGGGAGCAGUGGACCCUCCGCAGGCAAGCCACUGAAGGCACCGUGCCUGCCACCCUAGCGGCGACCGGCAGAGCGCCCCCCGCAGCUUGGUGUCCCAGGCACGCGCUUGGAGCGCUGGUGCCUGGAGCCGCCCCUGCUUACAUGGCUCAAGUUAAACAGAAAUGCUGACAGCCACAGCAACAGAGAGUGAAAAGAGAGACUCCUCCACGGAGUCACAUGUCUCAUACAAGAGGGACUGGAGAGAAGGAAGCCUGAGGUUUCUUGAACUACCAAGGUUCAGCCCACCCAGUUCCUGGCGUGAUCACAGCGCUGGCUCUGCCUGGCCUUUGAUGUUUAUGGAUGACAUCAGCCAAUGGCCACAGUGCCCAAAUCGUCUCUCGGUCUCACUAUUAUAUUCCCCACUAGGGUGACCAGACAGCAACUGUGAAAAAUCGGGACAGGGGGUGGGGGGUAAUAGGAGUCUAUAUAAGAAAAAGACUCAAAAAUCGGGACUGUCCCUAUAAAAUUGGGACAUCUGGUCACCCUAUUCCCCACCGACAGGGUGAAGUCACGUCAGUGUCAGUGAUAAGAGCAAUUGUCCCCUGAGCUCCUGUAUUCUACUCAGGGAGACAGAACUCCAUCCUCCAGGCUGAUUCUCAUUCACCCCGAACCCCUUUACCACCACAUGCCUUAAAGAGCAUGUAACUAAUCGACCCCCAUGUGGAGGCCAGGUUGGUGCAAAGAGGCUGUAGUGUCCACAAGAAUCAGACCCGUAGUGUUUUGAUGUCCCCUUUGUCUCUAGUGCAUCACCAGGGAUUGGAGCAAAGGUCCCAGCUUGCUCUGUGAUUCUGUGCGUCCCAGGCACUCGUGGGAGGCGCAGAGCAGGUCAGUGGGUGAUCGUUUCCCAGCUGUGGGAAAAGCCUGCACAUCUAUAAGACGUGCAGCAAGGAUCUCUCCCUUCAUACUGUGCUU